GUCUCCGGACUCUCCUGCCUAGACUGGCUUCGAACCGCGGUCCCCCGCUCCCAGCCCUCUGAGCGGCUGGGACGACAGGCACGAGCCACCGGCUCUGGUCCGUCCGACCGCGGGGGGCGGCUGCAGGUCGACCAGACAGACGGCCGCCCGUGCGUGGACUGCCACGCGUUCGAGUUCAUGCAGCGCGCUCUGCAGGACCUUCGCAAGACGGCCUACAGCCUGGAUGCGCGGACGGAGACCCUCCUGCUCCAGGCUGAGCGCAGGGCGCUUUGUGCCUGCUGGCCUGCUGGGCGCUGAGGACCGGUCCUGCUCCCUGUCAAUAAACACC